AACAGUGAUUGACUGGACUGUCAGUUAGCAACACAAAUCUGUGUCUACCUUUCUGAAAACAGACACUGCAGAUGACAUGGCCACAGGUGGUGACAGCUAGUUUUCUGUCAGCGCUGGGCGAAAGGAAGCAGGAGUUGCAGCAGAUCCAGUCUCACCAGCUUCUGUCCAGCAAAGACAGAAAACCUUGUGGAGUUGGUUUGGAAGCAGAGGAAGUGCUGACCAGAGUGACGCCGAGGUGAGGGGAGUGGGAGAGCGCCUUCAAAUCCCAAGGCUCCAACAAGAAGUAACCUGAACGACUCACCGUUGACCAGCAUGUCUUCAGGAAUCUCCUCUAUGAUGCAUUUUUCCUCCUGUUCUCCAAGAUCAAAAUACAUGGCUGCUGCCAACAUCAGUGUAGAAAUGGCUUAUUUUGGCAUUGCCUACUUCUGGACAUCACAGUAAUCAAAAGCCACCACACAGAGCUCCUGACAGAGGCAGGUGUGACACCGUCCCAGCAGAUGGCGGUAGUGAGCACCGAGGCCAUUCUGAGCUGGUCGGAAAAAAAACACAAACAACCACAAGAAAACCACAAAACCAAGAUGGCGGUGCAAGAGACAGCAUCUCAACUGUCCAUGGCUCUCAAAGUCCAAGAAUAUCCCACCCUGAAGGUGCCGUACGAGACUCUGAACAAACGCUUCAGGGCGGCUCAGAAGAACAUCGACCGGGAGACGAGUCACGUGACGAUGGUUGUCGCAGAGCUGGAGAAGACGCUGAGCAGCUUCCCAGUGGUCGACUCCGUGGUGUCACUGCUGGAUGGUGUGGUGGAGAAGCUCAGCGCCCUGAAGAGGAAGGCUGCCGAGUCCAUCCAAGCAGAAGAUGAGAGUGCCAAGCUGUGUAAGCGUCGCAUUGAGCACUUGAAGGAGCACAGCAGCGACCAGCCGGCCUCGGUCAACCUGUGGAAGAAGAAACGCAUGGACCGAAUGAUGGUGGAGCAUCUGCUGCGCUGCGGCUACUACAACACAGCUGUUAAACUGGCCAGACAGAGCGGUAUAGAGGAUCUGGUCAACAUUGAGAUGUUCCUCACAGCUAAGGAGGUGGAGGAGUCUCUGGAGAGGCAGGAGACAGCCACUUGCCUAGCCUGGUGCCAUGACAAUAAGUCCCGCCUCCGCAAGAUGAAGAGCUGUCUGGAGUUCAGUCUGAGAAUCCAGGAGUUCAUUGAACUCAUCAGACAAAACAAACGCAUGGAUGCAGUCAGACAUGCAAGGAAGCACUUCAGCCAAGCGGAGGGUGGACAGCUGGAUGAGGUCCGGCAGGUGAUGGGCAUGCUGGCCUUCCCAUCAGAUACACAUAUCUCCCCAUACAAGGAUCUGUUGGAUCCAGCCCGCUGGAAGAUGCUGAUCCAGCAGUUUCGAUAUGACAAUUACAGACUGCAUCAGCUGGGGAACAACUCUGUCUUCACUAUCACUCUACAGGCUGGUCUGUCUGCCAUCAAGACACCUCAGUGCUACAAGGAGGAUGGUACCUCUAAGAACCCAGACUGCCCAGUGUGCAGUAAAUCCCUUAACAAGUUGGCCCAGCCGCUACCCAUGGCCCACUGCGCCAACUCCAGACUAGUUUGUAAGAUCUCUGGAGAGGUCAUGAAUGAAAACAACCCUCCAAUGAUGCUGCCUAAUGGAUAUGUGUACGGCUACAAUUCCCUUCUGUCCAUCCGCCAAGAUGACAAAGUGGUGUGUCCCAGAACCAAAGAAGUCUUCAACUUCUCUCAGGCUGAGAAAGUCUACAUCAUGUGAUCACUCAGAUAGCCCGUCUGAGUAUCAACAUGAUCGAAUACGGCCGUCAUUCAUCACCUGUGACCCGGCCUACUCGAGAGCCACCUGUGGAGCUGUGAUCCAGUGCCCUUCUCCCCCACCACAGACACACCCGACGUUUUCCACAACCCCCCUCUCCCAGUACAUGAUCAGAUCAAGUCUGCCAGUUCCCUUCCCCUAUCAUUUUAUCACACAGAAACUGGGAUCCUCUCCUUUCAGACUGGUUUAGAUGUGGCUAGAGAACAAGAAGUUGAUUGAUCUGAUCCAUUCAAGCACAUGGACUAUCAACAUUGUCAUUAUCGUACAGGCCCUCACUCGGAAGUGUAGAGACUACAGAGAAGGAGUGAGGGGGUGAAAAACUGCUAGGUAGUUAUUUGAUUUUAUUACAACGAAUAAAAACUUGUUGAGGUUACUUUGACUUUUCACUAGUGGUGUUCCUUUGUUACUAAAAUAACAUGUGGCAGGACUUUGUUAACUCGCUCCAUUAACAAGAUUAACACGUACAAUUUGGGCCUUUUUCAGAACAAACAUGGCCGGCCUCCUGGUCAUGUGGUAGCAUCUCAUUCUGUGAUGCAUGCUGUCAACAUCCUUUGUCUUCUAGCCAUGUUUUUUGGUGGGUUGUUUGGGGGGGGAUAUAUGUUAAAUGCCACCUUUUUAAGCUGCCCACCUUUUCGCAUUUCAUCCCCCCUAUGUUUGUGAAACCGGAGCCUGAUUUGGGCUGCAGCUGGCUCCUUUUCAAAUGUAAAUAUUAGAUAGGAAUUGAUCAUCCUCAUGUAUAAAUUCGGGGGGGGGGGGGGCAAGUAACGACAAGGAAGAUUACCCUUCUACGAAGAUUGCUGUGUGACCUGAACAAGUGUUUUCUUGGGUGUUGUAAACCUGAUAUAGCCCACGGUAUCCUCAAGCUGGUCAUCAUUGAGGGCGCUGUUAGUUUCACAAACUCGGUCAAUAUUAAUGAUGGUGUAUUUACCACCAUAAUGAAAAUGACGCAAUAUUCAAACAAGACAACCAUCUAUGAUGUGAUUUUUUUUUUUUUUUUUUUUUU